AUGUCCCUCCCCAAAGAACCCCGCUCCUGGCAAAAACCAGGCUUCCUCGUAUCAACCGAUAAAACCCUCCUCUCAAUCCCAUCAAUCAACCACGCCUUCAGCCUAGACAUUAUCUACUGGACUCAACCUGUUCCAGACACCAUCCUGCAAACUAUAAUCGACAAUUCCUUCUGUUUCGGCCUCUACGAAAUCAUCACCACUGCCAAUGGCACCGACUCCACAAAUGAACAGCCACCACAACAGCUACAACUACCCUUCCAAGCAAAAGACCUGAAACAAAUCGGAUUUGCCCGCGUCGUCGGCGACAUGACUACUUUUGCAUAUUUCACGGAUCUCUACGUUUUACCCGAAUAUCAGGGUCUGGGCGUUGGAGGGUGGAUUAUUGAUUGUUUGGCGGAAUUGUUGGACGAGAUGCCUUAUUUGCGGUGGGCGAUGUUGAGAACUUCUAUGGAGAAGAGUCGGGAUGCGUAUGUGAAGAGGCUUGGUAUGGCUGUUUUGAAGUCUGGGGAUAUUAAGGAAGGGCCUGUUAUGAUGGGGAGAAAGGGGGAGGGUUGGGGGGCCGUAGAGAUGAAGGGGAGAGAGUAA